AUGAAGGGUGCUGUAGGUGUCAUGAAAAGUCUUGAAUUAUCUUUUCGAUUUAAGGAUAAGGAUAAAUUAGUAUCUGGUAAUGAUGAAGUUUUAAACGAUUUUGUAGUCUGCAAAGAACCUAAAGCUGAUCUUGUAUUAGGAAUAAUCCGAAAUCAAUUUAUAUUUCAUCCAAUGAUGGAGAGUGAUAUAUCUAAUUUCCACAAGUCUCCUUAUUCCAACUCGUGCCAAAAGAACAAGUGUAAGAAAGGUAAAGUAUCACUUCGUGAGUCUAUAUCGGACCUAUCUGCAAAAGAUAUUGAAAAUGCGAUUAAAUCAGUAAUAGAUCCUAAGAAUCAGAUUUAUGAUUCCCUAUCUUCUGAUAGCGAUUCAAGUAUUUUAUCCACACCUAGUUUGGGAAUAAAAGUUAAACGUUUGCAUAAGAAACGUCCCAUUCUAAAGCGUAAAGUAGAAGGUAAAGUCAAUUAUCGAGCUUCCUAUUAA